AUGGAUUCCAAAAGUUCGGAGUGCAGUGAGCGAAAACCUGGCGUAAAAAGUUCAUCGGAAGUUUUGAGCCCAUUGGAAGCCGACAGGUGUAAAGCAAGGCGAGUUGAGUCUGAAACUGAAAUGGAUGGUGGUAUGUUACUUAGUGUUUCUGAUAAACUUGAUUUGAUAUUAACAAGAUUGGAUAAAAUGGAUGUGAAACUAUCGAGAAUUGAAGAAUUAGAAAAAGUAGUGUUGUGUAUAAAACAAAAACAAGCAGAACUUGGCGAAUCUAUUGUUAUGACUGACAAUGAAGAUUUUUCAGAGGAAACCCGGAAGGCUAGACAGAAGCUAAUACCGAAAAUGCAACAGUUAAAGUUGGAGAAACCCGGCUGUUGUCCGUUCAUCGCAUACCCGGCAGUGCUGAAGUACCGAGAUUCUUCAGGCAAAGAAGUAGAACCAAUGGGGAAAGAGAGUGACCAUAUUCACAUAAUAGCCAUAACAAAUGCUCUUGGUGUUGGAGUACGAGUUGAAUAUAUGGAUCGUGUUAGUGGGAACGAAGUGAACCACCAUGAUUUCCCAGAAGGAUGUCAACCUAAUGUAACUUUCUUGUAUAGACCUGGACAUUAUGACAUAUUGUAUCCUCAUUGA